UCUUGCUGUGUUUGUUUAUCUGUUCACUUCUCUAACUUGCGGUCUGUCGUGUUGUGCUCUUGACUGUUGCGACAUGCUGUUAAUGUUGUUUUAAAGAAAGAGCUUUUAGCUAUUAAUUUUGUAAACAUAAUACGAUACCACAUAAGCUCUUGCCAUAUUUAGAAAUGUUAAAUCAAACUUUCCUUAAUUCCUGUUAGAGAGCCGCAUGGCCUUUGGCGAAUGAAUGAAUGUACGUUGGAGAUUUAGGGUGAAUUCAGAAUAUCCCUGCUUGAGUGUUUCUGUAGUCUGAAUGAAACAAAUACUUAAUACGGUUCAGCUUAAAACCAGAGCUCAAUUGAUUUGAAGGUAAACCAGACAAAAAUGACCAUAAAAUUCAUCUCCAUAUUAGGGCCUGCAAACGUUUAUAGCACAACCCUUUCAAAAACCCACGUACUUCCCAGUAGCAUUUCACACUUGGCCUGUUAAAGCAAAAAAAAAAAAAAAAAGCUGUUAAAAGUUGUUUCCUUUUAUUACUGAUCUCCAACCAGCCUCUCCACUCUAAAACCAAAGUAAUUAAUGCAUGAGAACUAACUAAACUGACUCCAGGCCAGUGUUAAAGGGCGCUUACAUAGAAAUGGAUCGCUUAAGCCUCUUGUUUCCUGAUUUUAACCCUCAGUUGCAUGAGAGAUAGUUUUGAAAUAUUAACUGGUAGUUCUGUCUCUCUGAGCGCUGCAGGCAUGCAUUUGAGAUCUUCUAUUCCAUAUCCCAUCCUCACCUUAGCCCUGUCAAUCAUCUUGUCUCCCAGCAACCCUGUUCAGAACAUGGUUCAGGGGGCGGAGUCUGUCAUCGGGAGGCAUGGCUUUUCAGUGGUCUGGAAUAUGCCUACAGCUCGGUGUCAGCGUCGAUACGGUGUCUCCCUGCCGCUGCAUCAGUACAACAUUAUACAUAACUCACAGCAGAGAUUUCAAGGUCAGAAGAUGAGCAUAUUUUAUCAGCGCCGUCUGGGCCUCUACCCCUACAUCAACCGUCAGGGGUCAAAAGUCAAUGGUGGCCUGCCUCAACAAGGAUCCCUAAAGGCUCAUCUCUCAUUGGCUGAGGCGCAGAUCACUGAAGUGUUGAGACAGACGUUCAGUGGAUUUGCUGUGUUAGAUUGGGAGGCGUGGCAGCCCAUAUGGAUGUGGAACUUCGGGACCAGAAUUGUUUAUCGUAAAUUUUCUAAAAAGUUGGUUAGGUGGGAACAUCCAGAUAUGUCAGAGGAGGAAGUGAAAUCUGAGGCGAAGGCGGAGUUUGAAUUAGCGGCAAGAGAGUUUAUGGAAAAGACUCUGCGCCUUGGUGUUCGCCUCUGUCCAAAUGGAUUAUGGGGGUUUUAUGGGUUUCCUGGUUGCUUUAACAAUCAUGGCCAAGGACAGAGUGGAUACACGGGGCAGUGCCACAAUGGCACCGAGAUUUUGAAUGAUAGACUGGCGUUUUUAUGGCAACACUCCACUGCCCUGUAUCCCAGCAUUUAUUUGUGGCGUAAACUGGCAGGACACACACAUGCUCAACUAAUGGUGAGGCAUCGUGUACUUGAGGCCCUCCGAGUGGCAUCCCAGCAUUCACCUGGCACUGAAGCACUUCCUGUUUUUCCCUACGCCAGAUUGGCAUUCACACACACAUUGACGUUCCUGAAUCAGACAGAUUUGGAGCACACACUAGGUGAAAGUGCUGCUUUAGGUGCCGCUGGAGUUGUGUUAUGGGGCGAGCUGAGUUUUGCCAAGUCCAAGCGGCAGUGCGCCCUCUUGCGUGAUUACCUAGGCUCAGUAUUAGGAGAGUAUGUCAUCGCCCUGCAGGCCAGUGUAAGGAACUGCAGCCAAAGAAUAUGUAACGCCCAUGGACGCUGCACUCGACGGGACCCUCACUCAGGUUACAUGAUCCCUCUACAUGGUACCCAUGAAGCUCUUCCUCUCAGUGACAUGAGGUCAAAGUUCAAGUGUUUGUGUUAUGAAGGAUGGAGUGGAGAACAAUGUGAGAAAAGAACUUCCUAAGAACAGUGUGCUGUCCUGAUUUCCCCUGCUUAUAAACCACACACUGACUCAAUAGCGAUUUGAAUAGAUGCUUUUGAUUCAUCCAACAACAAUGAAGGCAAACAUGUUAAAGUCAAUGUUAAACCCUGUUUGGAACCCAUUUAAUUUCUGUAAUGUGACAUUUAUGAGUUAAAUAGAAUAUUCAAUGAAAAAAAAAGAAAGUAGACUUGAGUUUAUCCAUCAGGAAUUGUUUGGAUGGUGAAAAGUGGGUGUUAUACAUACUAGAAUGGGGUUAGACUUGAAUCUUACUAAGCUAAACAUUGCCUAAAUAGCUAUUUAUUAACAUUAUCCAAUAGAGUGCAACCAUUCCAGAAGUAUUUUUUCCCAUUCAUUUUUCCUGAAGGGACUUUAAAAAAGUCUUUCUUAAAAAGUUAUAAGCUAUUAACCAAACCAACAAGCUACGACGUGAAGUGAAACUUUAAUUUAAAGCAUAAAACUAUUUGAAAAUAAAGGUUCAAGACUGUGUACUUAACAGCUUUAUAAAAGAACUACAAUCUCAUGAAGCACAGCAAAUGAUAUUGUUGAAAUAAAAACAAAUAUUUAAGUAGUUUGAUUAGGGAGACUCGAUUACGGGAGUGGGUGGGCACUAGAAAGUUAUUUUGCCCUGAUUUGCUUGUUUCGAUUCUCUGAUUGUUGGAAAUAUUGCAAAACCAUGGGCAAUGUAGUUUUUCACCAGAAAUUAUGCUGUUAAAAAAUUAACAGCUGUUAUUUAAAAAAAAAUCAUUAGAAGUAAUGUAGAAUGGUCUGUCUUUAAAAGUUUAUAAGUUAUAAUCCCAUUUAUGGAGAAAAUAAAUGGGAUUUUUACUUCUGGAACCUGACUGUUGCACUCUAUAACCCCAUGGCCUAAGUGACAUAAGCAGCAAUGGAAAGUCAUUUUAAGAGCACAGAUAAAUCAUUGACAAAAAGACCAGGAACAUAAUUAAUAGUAAAUUGGGCCAAUUUUGAUUUUCAUUUUUCAUUUAAGUGCUUCAAAAACCCAACAAAAUGUAAGAACCAUGUCGUUUAUAAUUUAUUUUUACUCUUUAUUUCUUUUAAAAUGAUUUUUUUCUUAUUAAAUAGAACAUCAUAGUCUAUAUAAUUAUUUACAGUCGUUGUGCAGUCACUCACGAUAGUGAAUGUUCUUGCUCAUUCAAAACAUCCUUGAUCAAGCAUGUUUUAUAUCACAAUUUAAUAUGUUUGUUUAUAGUGAUAUCAACAAAUUAAAAUAUAUUAUUCAUAUUCUUUCCAUA